CCUACUCAUUAUUCAUUAGCCUGCAGCAGUCUUGCUAAGGCAGCAUCAGAAUUUAUCUGAUAUUUUGGUUGUAUAGAUUAUCUGGUAAUUCAUUAUUUACCUCUUCAUUUCGCUAUCUGCUAAUGCUCUUGUAGUAUUUAUAUCUUCACUUGAAACUAAAUUGGAAAUUGGAUUACUUGUUACAAUCAACUGUACAAGAACUGAUAAUGUACACCAGAAGCAGAAUGAGUCAACAAUUCAAUGAUGGUACUCCUCAGCGCCCUCAAAAUCAGCAGUUUCAAGUCCCAACUUAAAAUCAACAAGGCAAUUAUGAAAAUGGCAACAAGAAUCAGCCAACACCUUAAAAGCAUCAGGUUAACACUACAUCAUUCAAGCAGCAAACUCAUCAACAACAAGCAGUGCGGACCCCUCAGCCUAAACAACAACCACCUCCAAAUAUGCAACCACAACAACAGGUGAAUAUGAUGGGGACUCCACAGCGUCUGAAGCCUAUUUUGAAAACUAGCCCUGGAACCAAUCCACACACUAGUCAAGUUCAACCACAAAAUCAAAAUCAACUACAACUCCCGGAACUUACCAAUGAAGAUAUUGAUUUUGAAGAUGGUCAAGAAGGAAUGGAUAAUGAGUCUCAAGAUGUUCCAAAGUGGAGACGUAAAACUCCAGGAUUAAAAGUAAACAGAAAGCUGAAAAGGUUGCGGAUGAAUCAAAGACUUAGGAAAACUUUGCAACCAAAGAAUGCCAUCAUGGUUUUGAAUGAAAUGAAAACUGGAGUUCAGUUUACGUUUCCUGAAACGCAAGCCAAUUUACCCAGUUCUAUUUUUCUUGUUCAUGCAGAGAUUGAUGGAAAAACAUAUGUGGGACAAGGUUUAUCGAAACCCCUUGCUCGACAAAAUGCUGCUGAAAAUGCUUUAAAGAGUUUGCUCUUGGAAAAAAUGACUGCUGCAGCUAUGAAAGCGCGACUUGAUGCUGAAAAUGAAGCAGCAUCAAGCAAUAAUUCAAUGUCAACAGAAGCUUCAGUGAAUAAAGAAGCAGAAAAUAUGGAAACAAAUGAAGAAGUGGAUGAAAUUCCAUGGAGUUCAUUAGCAAGUUUUGCUCUUUACAAAUUAUUCCUUGAGUGGCAAAAUCAAGGUACAGUGGUUCCUGUACCACGACCUGGUAUUUCUCCUAACAAAAUCAAAAAAGAAAUGAGCAAAACAGUUACUCAAAAGGAGUUGCCACCAAAUGCUACCUUAAUUCACCCUGUUAUGCUGUUGAAUCAAAUGAGACCAGGUGUUACUUACAAUGAAGUAUGCCGUGUUGGUAACCCACCUAAUACUAUGUUUACUCUUGGGACGGAAAUCGAUGGGAAAGAAUACACAGGAGCUGCCAAAAAUAAAAAAGAUGCUAAGAAGAUGGCAGCCAAAUCAGCUCUACUUGCCUUAUAUAAUCUCACAUAUCCUGAAGAAAAUGAAGAUGUCAAUAUGGGUUAAGAGAGAAGUUUAAUUAAAUUUUAGUGCAACUUCAUUGUAUAAAAUAUUACAAUGAACGGUAUUAUUGGUGUAUUUUAAUCGCUUCAUAGUUUUAUUUGUGACAACUGUGAAAAAAAUAAUUUUAUUUUUUAUUGUGAACAUAGAAUACUUUUGUUGCAUGUAAAUUUGUAGUCCUUUUAAAAGUUUAAAGAAUUGAAAAUUAUCGAAUCUGACAACCAACAAUUAUCUUUUGGAUCAUGUGAGUAUUCAGCUGAAGAUAUUGUGAAAUAUCAUACAAUAAUUGUCCGUAAACCACAUUGUUUGGCACAACUCUUUGGAUCCUUAUUAUGCUUAGAUCUUAAGAUAAGCUGUACGAUGAAACAGACAUCUAUAGUCAAAAUACUAACAAUGCUAAUUUAAAUGAUUGAAGGUAUAAGUUGUUUAUUAAGAUAAAUUAUUAAUUAGCAAGUCUCUCUUAGCUUUUAGCCUGAACAAAUUCAUUAUUUAAAUUAGAUUAAUAAGUUCAUGUUUCAUAUUAUGAAAUAAUCACAUGUUCAUCUUCAAUGUAAAUGUAGAAUCAAAAAUAAAGAAUAACUGACAGUAA